AAAAAGAACGAUGACAAAGUAAUCAAGUGCUCAAACAUAACACAUUAGUGGGAGUGCACCAAAUGAAGCAGCACCCCACCACUAUUAAAAAUCUGAAUUGAACGAGACCACCAAACAAAGCAAAAAAUACAGAAAUAUUUCUUGAAGCUAGAGCUUCUAGCUGUUGACCCUUUAAUGACCUUUGCUGAUCUGCUCAAACUGUCUGCUUUCAUUGCAUACAGAGCUGAAAAUACACAGGCAUUUGAAGGGGUCACUGGCUGCUGCUGAGUAUAUUGUGGAAAAAGGGAAUGAAAGAUACUUCAAGAUUUUGAGGUUUCUGUCCACCCUUUUGAUUUUUGUUUGCUAAUUUGCGAGUUGGAGCUAAAAUGGCUGAGGAUAUUUGUUUCUUUGCGAAGGAAAGUAUCAUGAUAAAACCUCCCAAGAAAUCUCCAGCAUUGUUAAGGAUGGUUGUUGUAGUGUUUACACUGAUCUUUGGUAUUUAUAUCUGUUCAAUUUGUCUUAAACAAACUAGCAUGGCGAAAACAAGUAAAUACUUGAACGUUGAAGUCAUAGAAAGGCCUUGCCAUAACUAUGACAUGGAUCAAUCCCAAAUUCCAUAUGUGCAUUAUCCGAAGCCAAAAACCUUUAGCCGGGCCGAAUGUGACUGCAAUCCUGUACGGCUCUUUGCGAUUCUGUCAAUGCAGAGGUCUGGGAGUGGAUGGUUUGAGACACUUUUGAAUAGUCAUAUGAAUGUAAGCUCCAAUGGUGAAAUAUUCUCUGUCAAAGAUAGGAGACAAAAUGCUUCUUCAAUCCUGAGGACAUUGGAGACGGUUUACAAUUUGGACGUCUUUACGAGUGCUUCCAAAAAUCACUGCUCAGCUGCAGUGGGCUUCAAGUGGAUGCUUAAUCAGGGGUUAAUACAACACCGUAAGGAAAUUGCUGAGUACUUCAAUAAAAAGGGUGUUUCAGUCAUAUUUCUCUUUAGAAGGAAUCUGCUGCGACGGAUGGUUUCAGUGCUCUCAAAUUCCUAUGAUCGAUAUGCCAAACUCUUGAAUGGAACACACAAGUCUCAUGUGCACUCACAUGAAGAGGCUGGUACUCUUGCAAAGUAUAAACCAGAAAUCAAUACAACAUUGUUGAUCACGGAUUUGAAGAGAAUGGAGGUAGCAGCCACGGAGGCACUGGAAUACUUCAAUAGCACUCGGCAUAUGAUUCUGUAUUACGAAGAUAUUGUUAGAAAUCAAGCUGUAAGAAUCUUCUUAACUAUUCAUAAACUUGUCAUUACUUUUGUCCUGCAUUUCUAUAACACGGGAUGUCCAUGGAGUUUCACUAAUUACCUAUUCAAACUGUUAACUCAGUUAAUCUUCUUUAAUGAUUUUUCAUUACUCCCUCCAUCCCAAUUUAUGUGGCACCAUUUGACUUGGCACGAAGUUUAAGAAAGAAAGGAAGACUUUUGAAAUGUGUGGUCCAAAACAAUCCUUAUGUAAAUGUGUGGUUGUAAAUCAUCUCAUAAAGUUAAAUUGUUUCUAAAUAUAGAAAGGUGACAUUCUUUUUAGGACAGACCAAAAAUGUAAUGGUGCCACAUAAAUUGGGACAGAGGGAGUAGUUUUUUGUAUGAUCAACUUCCAUAGCUUGCUAUGCUGGAGAGACCAAUUCCUGUUUCCUCUUGUCCAAUGCAGUAACUUUUUGCAAUUUUGUUUCAUUUAUGUGAGAAAAGGACAAAAAUGGUCCCUUAACUAUGAUAGUAGGUUCAAAAUAGUCCCUUAACUAUGCACUUAACGGUUUUAGUCCUUUAAGUUUGUUACAAGUUAACAAAAAAGUCCCUUAACUAUGAGAGUAGGUUCAAAAUAGUCCCUUAACUAUGCACUUAACGGUUUUGGUCCUUAAAAUUUGCCAUAAGUUGACAAAAUGGUCCCUUAACUAUGAGGGUUGGUUAAAAAUAGUCCCUUAAGUAUGCACUUAACGGUUUGAUAAUGUCAGAAAAUGAUGUCUCGAAACACAAAGACCGACGGACUCUAUCGAUUAAAACUGAGGGAAUCCAUCGACUAAAUAAAAUACACUAGACUUUAGAAAUAAAUUAGAAAUAGCAGAAACUAAAAAAGUUGUCGCUACCAAAAACAAGUGAAAAAAAUGGACGGAAACCGAUGGAUAAAAUCGAGGGACACUAUUUUUUUUUUUUUUUAAUUUUUAUUGUUUUUUACGAAAACCAACGGAAGUCCAUCGGUUAUUUUUGAGGAAAAAUGCGCAGAAGUCCAUCCUAUAACCGACUAACGUCCGUCGGUUUUGUCCCGAGUUAUUUGACCGAUCUAGAGUUCUCACUAAUUUUUUCCUUUUUUUCAUAGUUCUCGUCAAAUCUAGCAAACAUAGUUCGAUGAAUAUUUUGUCGAGACUAAAACUGUCAACUUAUGGCAAACUUAAAGGACCAAAACCGUUAAGUGCAUAGUUAAGGGACUAUUUUGAACCUACUCUCAUAGUUAAGGGACCGUUUUUGUUAACUUGUAACAAACUAAAACCGCUAAGUGCAUAGUUAAGGGACUAUUUUGAACCUACUAUCAUAGUUAAGGGACCAUUUUUAUCCUUUUCUCCAUCUAUGUUGCUGAUAUUUCCUGCUAUUAAUGCAGAAAUUGGUAGAUGUUCUUGAGUUUCUAAGAUUGCCAGAGAUGGAUCUAAGUAGCCGUCAAGUUAAGAUACAUAACGGGCCAUUACAAGAGUAUAUCAAGAACUGGGUUGAUGUGAACAAGACCUUGAGUGGAACAGUUUAUGA